UUGAUUGGUAGCAGAAAUGGCAACUUCACUUGCUCUUAGGAGGGCUACCACCUCACCUCUCUUCAACAGACUCGUUAACCCUGUCCGCUCUGCCUCUGUUUUCCGAUCCUUCAAUACUAACACUCAGAUGACAACUUACGAUGAUGAUGAUCGCAGCGUUGAAGUUGACAGACGCCCUGAUCGCUCUGUUUCUCGCCGCCAGGACGCUUUCCCCAGCUUCUUCUCAGAUGUAUUCGAUCCAUUUUCACCGCCAAGGAGCGUGAGUCAGCUGCUGAACAUGAUGGACCAGAUGAUGAAUUCUCCAUUUGCAGCGGCGCCUCAUGCUAUGGGUGCUGGUAACCCAUCAAGGAGAGGAUGGGACGUGAGGGAGGACGACGAUGCUCUGUAUAUAAAAAUGGACAUGCCUGGGCUCGACAAGGAGAACGUGAAGGUGGCGGUGGAGGAGAACACGCUGAUCAUCAAAGGAGAGGGCGAGAAAGAAUCCGAAGAUGAAGAGUAUAGAAGAAGGUACUCUACCAGACUGGAAAUUCCUCAAAACUUGUACAAAUUGGAUGGGAUUAAGGCGGAGAUGAAGAAUGGGGUGCUCAAGGUGGCGGUUCCUAAAGUGAAGGAAGAAGAGAGGAAAGACGUCUUCAAUGUUGAAGUUGAGUGAGUGUGAUGCCUUCCAGUUCGUUCAAAGGCACUAGGAACGAGUCACUACAAUUGUCUGGUGCUUGUGAAGUUCGUCUAGCAGUUUGGUUCGGUUGUAAUGAACGUUUUCCUUUUUCCUAAGCUAGGUUGGGUAUUAGGUGAUCUCUGUAUGAAAAAAAAUAAAAGAUGACCUGCUGGAAGAAAUGGAAAUAUGGUUGUAAGAGUCUGUUUAGUUAAAUUACUGAGAAGUUGAAUAGUUAGAUUACU